AGAAGAAGAUGAUUUAUUGACCAAUGGUUCAAUAAUUCACUGGAUUGCAUCGUUAUUGUCGUCGUGUGAACUGCACGAAUUUUAAGCAGAUUUAACAGAAUCCAGAAGAACUAGUUUUUCUACAUUAGAUUCAAACAUAAUUAUGGUCUUUGAUAAGCGAACUAGUCACAUUAAGGCGUUGUCUCUGUUCCAUACUGAGUAGUUUGACGCCGUGGCACUGGAGUAGUUGGAGUGACCAUUUAAGUUGGUUUACUAACCACCAUAAAACCUGAAAGAAGAAGCAGAGUGACCCUACAGCAGCCAGCAUGGCUUGCACACCGGUUAUUCUGGACGGUGGAAUAUCAACAGAACUGGAGGAAAGAGGAUUUCACAUCCAGGGAGAUCCUUUGUGGAGUGCGAGAAUUUUGUAUACAAACCCAAAUGCUGUUAAGGACGCACAUUACAGAUUUCUUCAGUGUGGAUCUGAUGUUAUCACAACAGUCACGUACCAGGCCAGUAUUGAGGGAUUCACCAAGUAUCUUGGCCUUAAACCUGAGGAUGCUGAGGAUUUACUGGCAUCAGGGGUCCGACUAGCUAAAGAUUCAGUAGCAGACUUCAUGGGCAGCUGUUUAACAGCAGACAGAAAAGUGCCUUUGGUGGCAGGUUCAGUGGGACCUUUCGGGGCUUUUUUACAUGAUGGUUCAGAGUACACAGGAGUCUACGCAAGCAGCAUGAGUGUAGAGGAGCUGAAGAAUUGGCAUCGGCUACAGGUUCGCUGUUUAGUGGCUGCAGGAGUUGAUCUACUUGCACUGGAGACCAUACCAAGUCUUAAAGAAGCAGAGGCCUUGGUGGAGCUGCUGCGGGAGUUUCCUGAUGCUAAAGCCUGGCUAUCCUUUUCCUGCAAGGACACCCAGAGUAUUUCAGAUGGCAACAAGUUUGCAAAAGCUGUUCAGGUGGCCAAUAAAUCCCCUCAGCUGGUUGCUGUUGGGGUGAACUGUUGUCAUCCUACUCUAGUAGGACCUCUUCUUGAUUCAGCAGAGUCAUGCAAGGCAGCCAACAUGAGUUGGGUGGUCUAUCCGAACAGUGGGGAAGGCUGCGAUCCCAGCACAGGAUGGGGAACAGAAAAAGGGAUUCCAUUUACAGACCUAAGUGUUGAAUGGAAAGAACGAGGGGCUUUAUGGAUUGGAGGCUGCUGCGGUAUCAGUCCUGCUGACAUUGCACAGUUAAAAGGUCGAUUAACCGAGACACAAAAAGGCAGGAAGUUAAACACACAAUCAUACUGAUCACUGGACUACUUUUUUGUUUUUUUAAUACAAGAAAUUGUAUAAAUAUUAAGAAAUAAAACCAACCACUUGUUUCCAAUUCA